AUCGUAAUGAAGUUGUUCCUAAUUUUGACCUUAGUGACACCAUUUUGUGGUGCUGCGAAGUUCUACAUACCGAAUUUCAAAACAAAUUGGCACCAUGCCCACGAAUUUUGUCACUCUCUGGGUAUGGCUCUGGUGUCGAUCGAAAGUCAGGAGAAACAAGAACAACUGGUCAAAUUUAUCCAAACGACCGAUAAGCUGGACGAGUCGGUACGCUUUUGGCUAGGAGCAAGUGAUCUGGCUCAGUCCGGGACUUUCACGUGGUUUGCGAGCAGUCGGCAGAUGACGUAUCAGCAUUGGGCCCGGAAUGAACCGAACCGGAAGGACGGGGAACAUUGUAUCGAGCUGUGGAAUCCGCACUACGAUUGGGGCUGGAACGAUAAUGUUUGCGACUAUUUGGACUAUCCGAUCUGUGAAUCGGUGGAGCAGCCGUGUAUUUCGGAAUUUUGAAAAACUUUUCUUGUCGUGUAU